AUGGGCCGCGCGCUGCCACUGUCGCUGCCGUGCCUCCUGCUGCUGCUGCUCCACACCUGCAUCCCAGCCUCCUGGGGCCUGCAGUGCAUGCAGUGUGAGAGGAAUGGCCCCUGUCAGGUGGAGGAGUGUGCAGGUGCCCAGGAUCUCUGCAGAACAACGAUCAUGAAAAUAUGGAAAGGAGGGGAAGAGCAUGAGGUGGAGGAGAGAGGAUGCACCCACUCUGACAAGACCAACAAGACAUUGAGCUACAGGACCGGCAGGCAAAUUAUCACCCUUACAGAGGUCGUAUGCGGGUCCAACCUCUGCAACCGACCCAGUCCUGACCGGCCAAUCUUCUUUCCCCGAACACGAUACUUGGAAUGUUCCUCCUGUGCCUCAUCAGACCUCAGCUGUGAGAGGGGCCGAGACCAGAGUCUACAGUGCCGGAGUCCAGAAGAAAAGUGUGUGGAUAUGGUGACCCAUUGGGAUCUGGAAGGUGAGACCCCAUCUGCCAUGCACCCGAGAGAUGAGCAGCACAUCCGUGGCUGUGGGGACCUGUCUGGCUGCCCAGGCCCCACUGGCUUCCAUAACAACCACACCUUCCACUUCCUGCGCUGUUGCAACACCACCAAUUGUAAUGGGGGCCCAGUCACUGAGCUCCAGAACCUGCCACCGAAUGAAAUCAAGUGCUACAGCUGCGAGGGUAACAGCAGCGAUGGGUGCUCCCGGGAGCAGGCCAGCCUUAUCACCUGCCGGGGACCCAUGGACCAGUGUCUGGAAGCUUCUGGCACACAUGAGCUGGGGACGCCAAACUACACGGUCAGAGGGUGUGCGACCUCCUCAUGGUGCCAAGGCUCCCACGUAGCUGAAGUCUUCAGCCUGACUCAUGUCAAUGUCUCUUGCUGUACGGGCAACGCCUGCAACAACUUAGCCUGGGACAUCCAGCCCCGCACUGGGGGGACCCCUCGGUUUACUUCCUGCCACCUCAGCCUUGCUGUCACCCUGCUUGUGAUUGUGUUCCUGUGGGGAGACACUCCCUUACGGACCUGAGCCCCUCAGCCACCUGCCCUGGCUGGACCCAGAGGACCCUUCUGCUCUUCCCUCUCCUGCAGUAGCAGAGCUUGCUGUGUGACCUCAAGCCAGUGUGCUACUGUCUCUGGACUUCCGUUAUCAAAACCAUCA